AUGCUGCGCUCUUCCAUCACACAGAGCCGACAGUUGCUCCUGUCUCCAGCUCGCUCGCGAACAGCUUCGCAAUGGCUGCCGAGAGCUGGAGCUAGCAACCGGAUUUCCGGUCAGAGGUUUUUUGCCGAUGUCAAACCUCCUGUUGUCCCUGGGGCCCCUACUCCCGCCUCCCCUUCUUCCGACACACCUAUCCCACCAGAGACGGUCCCCAAGUCAACACUAGCUGAUGAGGCGACUCUGCCUCCCCCUCCACCCCCUCCACCCGCCCCAGUCCGCAAAACAGGCCGGUUUCGGAGAUUCCUCAUCUACCUGAUUCUCACCUCGGGUUUCGCCUACGGUGGGGGUAUCUUCCUUGCAAUGAAGUCUGAUAACUUCCACGAUUUUUUCACAGAAUACGUUCCCUAUGGUGAGGACUGUGUUUUGUAUUUCGAGGAACGGGACUUCUACCGUCGAUUCCCCAACACACUGAGAAAUGCGAACCGCGCUCCCAAGGAUGAGGGUAACAAGGUCACCAUUCCGAGCAAGAGCGGAUUGUCUUGGAAGGUUGCGGAGGAGGAAUCCGGAGCUGAUCUCUCAGCAAAGGGCCCUCAUAUGAGUGCGGUCGAGCAGAAGGGCGAUGAAGCGCAAAUCAAGCCUGGUACUGCUAAGCCUGAAGAGAAGGUCGCCGCGGUUGAGAAGGCCAAGUCUGACAAGCCUGUGAAGGAAGAAGCUCCGAAGGAUACCACAAAGGUUCAGGAAGAACCUAGGAAGCCCGCCGUACCGGCAGUGACGCCCAUCGAGUUCGCGACUGUCAAUGAGGGCGACGAAGCGGUUGUGCAGGAAUUGGUCAAGACCUUCAACGAUAUCAUCACCGUCAUUGGUGCCGAUGAGAGCGCUCACAAGUUCUCCGGAACUAUCAUCAAAGCAAAGGAUGAGCUCCAGAAGAUCGGCGAGAAGAUCAUUGCCAUCCGUGAUGAAGCACGGAACGCUGCACAAGAAGAGAUCAAGGAAGCUCACGCGACCUUUGAUGAGUCUGCUAGGGAGCUCAUCCGUCGCUUUGAAGAGGCGCGCGCUAGCGAUGCUGCUCAAUACCGGGAGGAAUUCGAACUCGAGCGUGAGAAGCUCGCUCAUGCCUACCAGGAGAAGAUCAGAACAGAGUUGCUGAGAGCUCAAGAGGUUGCUGAACAGCGUCUUCAGAACGAGCUAGUUGAGCAGGCCAUUGAGCUCAACCGCAAGUAUCUCCACGAAGUGAAGGAUCUGGUUGAGAGGGAGCGCGAAGGCCGUCUUAGCAAGCUGAAUGAGCUGACCACCAACGUCACCGAGCUUGAGAAGUUGACCACUGACUGGAAGGAAGUUAUUGACACCAACCUUAAGACCCAGCAGCUCCAGGUUGCUGUUGACGCUGUUCGCUCCGUCCUUGAGCGCUCCACAGUUCCUCGCCCCUUUGUCCGUGAGCUCGUUGCCGUGAAGGAACUGGCCGCCGAAGAUCCCGUUGUUGAGGCCGCCAUUGCUUCGAUCAACCCCACUGCCUACCAGCGCGGUAUCCCUUCCACAGCCCAGAUCAUUGAGCGUUUCCGCCGGGUCGCCGAUGAGGUCCGUAAGGCCAGCCUUCUGCCUGAGGAUGCCGGUAUCGCCAGCCAUGCGGCCAGCCUUGUCUUGAGCAAGGUCAUGUUCAAGAAGGACGCCGUUGCGGGCAGUGAUGAUGUCGAGAGCAUCCUGAUUCGCACCGAGAGCCUGCUCGAGGAGGGUAACAUCGACGCCGCUGCUCGUGAGAUGAAUACCCUGAAGGGAUGGGCCAAAAUUCUGAGCAAAGAUUGGCUCGGUGAUGUGCGUCGGGUGCUAGAAGUAAAACAGGCUCUCGAGGUCAUCGAGACAGAAGCACGCCUCCAGUGCUUGAGGGUAGAAUAG